GCGGCGCCCGAGAGCGAUCGCUUGUGCGGCGUGUGAGGCCGGCCAGCUUUAGUGAAAAGUCUAUAUCGCUGCGGUCCAUCGAUUAUCGCUGCCGCGUGUCAAGGCUGCAUCAUCAAUCGAGCACUGCCACUACAGAGUGCACCCAAGAGAGAGCACCAUUGCUGCACGCCACCGACGCGCAUCAACAACAAAGACGCGCAGCAACAACAGCACACAACAAAAUGGCCGACAGCCAAAAGUACACCGCCGAGGAGAAAGCGCGCCACGCCGCGCGCGUCAAGGAGCGCGAGGCGCGCAAGAAGGAGCGCCAGAAGCAGAAGAAGGCCCUGACGAAGCAAGCUUCAAUCGCACCACAAGCUACGAACGGCGGCCACAAGACUUAUGAUGCUUCAUUACUCAAACGCGCGAGAAACGUGGGCGGACCCCCGUACGAGGCGUUUUUGAAAUACUUGCCCCAUGAUUGUACCGAACAGCAAGUCACACAAUUCUUCGCGGGCUGCGGUUCGUUGGAAAAAGCGCCUCGCAUCCUGAAAGACCGGGCCACGGGAAGAGUUAUAAGAGGCUUCGUGACGUUCGCCGAAGAGCAAGGCUUACAAAACGCUCUACAAAAAGACGGUCAUAAGUUAGGUGGAAGAAACAUCAGCGUCACAAUAGCCACAACGCACGGCACGUGCCAGCAGGAGGGCACGCACACGCCGGCGAUGGCGUCUGAAGUGGUUGAUGUUCUAGGUGCUCGACAUUCGAACGGUGUCUUCGUUGACGGGACUUUUGGAAGAGGCGGACAUUCAAGGGAAAUCCUGAAAGCGCUGGGUCCGUCGGGACGGUUACAUGGCUUCGACGUGGACGAGGACGCGAUACGAGCCGGUAAACAACUGGAAAAACAGGACUCAAGGUUCACGAUCCACCGGGCGCCCUUCUCGCAGAUGCUCAAACACCUAGGAGACAAGGUACAAGGUGUUCUGCUGGAUGUUGGUAUUUCUUCACCUCAACUGGAUGGCGGGCGAGGGUUUCGUCCGGAAGUGGAAGGUCCUGUUGAUAUGAGAUUUGACGCCUCUGAGCAGUCCGAGACGGCGUUGCAGUACCUCGUACGAGUUUCAAGACAAGAAUUAGCGGCUGCUCUAGAAGCGUUCGGUGGGGAGCGGCCCGCGCAUGCUAGACGCAUAGCCGACGCCGUCGCGCUCGCGAAGGCCGAGGACCCGUCACUCUCAAGCAUGACGACGUCGAAACUAGCGCAAUUGGCCUCGGCGGCGAAGGGGCACCGGGAGUACCAGCAGAUGCACCCGGCCAAGAUGACUUUUCAGGCUCUUAGGGUCGCGGUGAACCGGGAAUUUGCCGAGUUAAGGGAUGGCCUGGAAGCGGCGACGGAGGCUUGUGGCUUGAAUGGCGCCGUUGCGGUCCUGACGUGGAAGCACGCCGAGUGUGCGGUUGUGGUCGAUUUUCAGGCGACGCACUCAUUGGCCGAGAAGGAUUCAAUGCUACUCAAGUAUAGUAGUGGUGUCUCAGAUUCUUGGGGCGUCGUGGUAGAUCAAGCGCGGCGGCCCACGGAUGCGGAACUGCGGCGCAACUCGCGGGCUAGGUCGGCCGUCUUGCAUGUGCAUAGGAAGUCAAGAGGGACGCGGUUGUCUGACUUGGAGGCGAAGGCUGGUGCAGUGUUGAAUUGGGCGCCUCAUCAUAUACCAGUGCCGGCGGAGCAGAGAGCCGGCUGCGACCGCUGGGGCGCCGGUGCUGGAAAGAAGAAGAAGAAGCGCGACGAGACGCCCGAGGAGCGCAAGGCUCGGAAGAAGGCGAAGAAGGCUCGCCGCAAAGAGUAAUUGUAGUGUGUUA